CGCUAAUAAAUACAGAUCAGGGAUGUCGGGUGGCUCAUUCUGCCCUCCAGACCACCAGAAACUCAAACCUGCGUUCAACACCCUGAGACAUGAACCCUCUGCUCCAAAUCACAGGAUCUCUUAGGCCACUUGCCUUCAUCCUGAUGCUCCUCAUGGCCACAGCUGCUCUCCCCAUCCCAGAUUCCUUGGGGGACGGAUCUCCAGGGGAUGAGGUCCUAAGGAAAUCAUCCAGCAAUCCUGAUCUCGAAUUUGCAAAGCACCUCCACACAACGGCUAGUGAUCUUAAAAAUAAGAUGUGUCAGACCCUGAACCUGUGUGAUGAUAGCAAUGAAGCACUAGCCGAAAACAACCUGAACCUUCCCAACAUCACAGAGAGAGAUGGAUGCUUGAUUACCGGAUUCAAUGAGGAGAUGUGCUUGCUAAGGAUCAUCAGUGGACUUCAGGAGUUUGAUACAUAUCUUCAGUACCUGGAAAUAGAGAUGAAGGAUAACAAGUUUCAAUACCUAAGAAUGGGUACAGUUCAACUAGUCCACAAACUGAAGCCCUCGAUAAAAAAGGCGGAUGCAGUACCCACCCUCGACCCAAUUGCCUCCAAGAACCUGCUUUAUGAAUUGCAAUCCCUGAAAACCUGGUCCAAGAACGUGGCUCUCCGUCUCAUCCUGUGGCACUACACCCGCUUCAUGGAGGGGACCAUCCGGGUGGUUCGGUUUCUGCACACUAGGAGUAUUGCUGCCUGAACGUUUUAGUUCAAGCCUGUUCCUUCCUUCAUUGAAAAAUCUGUUCAAUAGACAGAUUGCCAGGUUGUUCUUUAUGAAGAACAAAUAAGUAUGAGCAGUAAGGCACAACUCUUAAUUAUUUUAAAUUAAUUUAUUUGUAUUUAAGUAAUAUUUAUUCCCCAUAAGGUAAUAUUAAUUUAUGUAUUUUAAAACACUUAAAAUAUUUUUUAUUUUUAUAUGCUAUCCUUAUUAAGAGGGGAGCUGCCAACCUUGUUCCCUGGGCUCAGACCCAGGAGAUCUCUCGAAAUGGAUGAGUUGCCUUUCCCUCCAGUGAUCUGCUGAGCAGAGGGCUAGCUUCAGAACCAGAAAGCCUGGCCUCGGGUCUCUCCUCUGACACAGACUGACUGGAUGACCUUGGACAAGUUACUAAGUUCUCAGUGACCCACAAAACUCUUUAAGUCAAAGUCCACAGAGAGUGUGAACUAGCACUGGUGAAAGAGUUCCCUUAUCCAAGACCAUCUCGACCCAGUAAAAUCACAGAUCUAGCCUUCUUCCCCAUCCCUAAAAAAAAGUAUUAUUUAUGUUGUAUUUAUGGAGUUUUUAUAAUUUUAAAAGAAACUUUAUGUAAUUGUAGCCAUUUUAAAUAAAACUACCUUUUGUAAAAAUCCA